GGGGGAAUACUUUGGGGAGAGGCGAGAAGGGGGCGAAGUCUACCCGCAUUGAGUGUAGCGCUGUGCGAUGAGGAUCCAUUCCCUUCUCCUCGCCGCUCUCGCCGCCUGGAUUUCGAUCUACGCCACUAGGGCAGCGGCGAAAACGUUCAACAUCACGAAGGAGCUCGAGGGUCACCCCAAUUUCUCGGAAUUCAACGAUGCGCUCACGGAAUCCGGCCUCGCGCGCAGCAUCAACGCGCGGCGAUCCAUCACGGUGUGCGUCCUCACGAAUUCGCAGAUGAAGAGCUUGAAGGCGACCUUGGGCAAUGGCUCGACGGACAUCAAGCGCGUGGCGGCCUUCAUCCGCCCGCUGAUUCUCCUCACAUUCAUCGAUCCAUCCAACCCUCACACCGCGCGGAGCAUCAACGGCAGCCAGCAAGUGAGCUCCAUGUACCAGGCCGCCGGGACUGCCAUCUCCGACCAAGGCAUCGCCAAUCUCACGCGGACCAAGAAGGGCAGUGGGCUCGAAAUCGUGACCGCCGGUGGCUCCAACACGACCAUCACAAAGGCCGUCAGGACCAUUGGAUUCGACCUCAGCAUUGUCCAGGUCAGCAACUACGUGGCUCCGGAUGGUGUCGUGGAGGCUGAGGAUAGGCCGGUGGUUCCUGACGGGGCGCUCGCGCCUGCCGUGGCGGCCAAAGCCCCGCCGCCCCCAGUCUCCACCGACGAGGAUUCCUCCUCCACGGACGAUGAGAACGUGGACAGCCCUCCAUCUCUAGCCAAUCGGCUGAGCUCCACCGCGAUUUGGGGCGCAUUGGGCGCCUUGGGUUGCGCAAUCGUGAUCGUUCUCUAGUUUAGGGUUAGAUCGGUUGGGCUCCAUUGUCGCUUAGAUCCAGUGUGUGUGUGUCUGUGUGUGUAAAAGAUUGCAUUUGAAACUUGUACGAAUUUGUACGAA